AUGGCGGAAUCACUUCUCUCCUUUGUUGCCGAGCGAAUCAUUCAGACUUUGGGCUCACUGGCUGUCAAACAGAUCGGGCCGCUCUGGGGUGUCAAAGAUGAGCUUAAAAGCCUCACCGACACCGUUUCAACAAUCAAAGAUGUGCUUCUUGAUGCGGAGGACAAACAAGCUGCAGGAGACCGUGCUGUUAAACAUUGGCUCGGAAGACUAGAAGAUGUCAUUUAUGAUGCGGAUGACUUGUUGGAUGCUGUUUCAACUGAAGCUCUACGAAGAGAAAUAAUGACCCGUGAUAAGAAGGCCAAAAAGGUACGCAUUUUCUUUUCCGAAUCAAACCAGCUAGCCUUUCGUUUUAGAAUGGCCCGUGAGAUUAAAGCCAUCAGAAAGAAGUUAGACGCCAUCAACGCCGAUAGGCUGAAUUUCCACUUCAAGGUACGCCAUGUGGAGACACGAGUCGUGAACAAGGAGAGGGAUAACACUCAUUCUUUGGUACGUGCGGAAACAGUUAUUGGUCGAGAGGGUGAUAAGAAGGCUGUUAUCGACAUUCUGCUGGACUCCACCGUUGAAGACAGUGUUUCAAUCCUUCCUAUUGUUGGCAUCGGUGGAUUGGGAAAGACUACACUCGCUCAAUUCGUAUUCAAUGAUCACCAAAUCCAACAACAUUUUGAGCUCAAAAUGUGGGGAUCUCAUGAAUGAAGGGAGGAACAUGCAGUGAAGGUCUAGGAGAAAUAACUUGAAAAGUGUUUCAAUGGAAGAUGCUACAUAUCUACUUUGAAAUAUUUGAAAUGAUUGGGAUGACUGGCACAACACGCAUACUCAUGCCGACAGCAAUGGUGUUGAAGUCAUGGAUACUGUUAAUUUAGUAUUUUAAAUCUUUUGUUAAUUGUUUCUGUUUUGUGAUUAGUUUUGUGACUCUUUUGAAAACAAAAGAUUGUGAUCAAUAUUGAAGGCCAGCACAGUAUGUUGAAGUCUUAUAUAUGGAUCUUGUGGGUGUUGUAUCUUACUUUAUGAAUUAUGACAU